GGGGAGGGCGGAUAUAGUGAAUGCGGGGUCCGGGGAGAGCGGAUAUAGUGAAUGCGGGGCCGGGGAGAGCAGAUAAAGUGAAUGCAGGGUCCGAGGAGAGCGGAUAUGGUGAAUGCAGGGUCCAGGGAGAGCGGAUGUGGGUCCGGGGAGACUGGAUAUAGUGAAUGCAGGGUCCGGGGAGAGAGGAUAUAGUGAAUGCGGGGUCUGGGGAGAGCAGAUAUAGUGAAUUGCGGGAUCCUGGGAGAGCGGAUAUAGGGAAUGCGAAGUCUGGGGAGAGCAGAUAUAGUGAAUGCCGGGUCUGGGGAGCGCGGAUA